AUGCCAUUGUCCAAGCUGCAGGGAGUCAAGCUCCCGGCCUCGGCCGACUUUCACGUUCACCUGCGUGAUGGGCCAAUGAUGGAGCUGGUGACCCCUACCAUCCGGCAGGGUGGUGUGAACACAGUGUUUGUCAUGCCCAACUUGGUCCCGCCCAUCACGACCGUUGAUCAUGCCCUCGACUACAAGAAGCGUCUGCAGGCCAUUGAGCCGAACGUCAACUACCUCAUGUCACUCUAUCUGCACGAGACCAUCACUCCCGAGACCAUCAUUGAGGCCAAGAAGCGCGGCAUCACGGGUGUCAAGAGCUAUCCGGCUGGCGUGACCACCAACUCGAGCUCCGGAGUCGUCGACUACACUUCCUUCUAUCCGGUCUUCGCCGAGAUGGAGCGCCAAGGCCUGAUCCUGAACUUGCACGGCGAAGUCCCCUCUCAGGGUGAUGUGACGGUCCUGUCGGCAGAGGAGCGGUUCCUGCCCAAACUGUUUGAGCUGCACUCCCAGUUCCCCAAGCUCCGCAUCAUCCUGGAGCACUGCACUACCGCGGCCGCUGUCGAGGCUGUCAAGAAGUGCGGACCCACAGUCGCCGGAACUAUCACCGCCCACCACCUGUCCAUCAUCAUUGACUCGUGGGCCGGCGACCCAUUCUGCUUCUGCAAGCCCGUUGCGAAGACCCCCGCCGACCGCGACGCACUCCUCCGCGCUGCCACCUCCGGAAACCCCAAGUUCUUCUUCGGCUCCGACAGCGCUCCCCACCCGGCGGCUUCCAAGCGUGGCGGCGAGAAGAUUGCUGCCGGGGUAUUCACCCAGCCCUAUACCACACAGGUCGUCCUCGAUUCGUUGGAGCAGGCGGUUGAGAACGGUGUUCUCAAGGAUGAAGAGAUCACGCCGGAGAUUGUGGAGGGAUUUAUGAGCAAGUUCGGUCGGGCCUUCUAUGGCAUCGGUGAGGAGCAGAAGGAGUUUAUCACCCUCGAGAAGAAGGGUGAAAAGAUUUCGGAGAUCCUCAAGUCAGACCAGACUGAUGUGGUUCCCUUCCGCAAAACCCAGGACACCUGGAGCGUGUCUUGGUCGUAA